GGCACAAGUCUGACGGUGACAUGAUCAAUGAGCGAAUGAGCUGUUCCGUGUGACUUCACCUGUCGGAGGGGCGCGAGGGGAGGAGAGAACAGGAUCCUCGAGGCACACAAGCAGCUUGUAUCUGGUGCUAUACUUGUGGAGAGCAUUCACAUAAGGAACAACUAGUGGGGAACUGACAGGCGGAAAGACUAAUGCUCCCCUUUUACGCUCAUAUAAAACUAAGCGUGAUGGAAGCACCUGGUGGCUGAAUGUGGAUGCGCCCGGGUUAAUCUAACGAGUUCUGGAGAUUUCUUAACGAACUGGGUGUGCACUGUGCUCGUUGUUACUCUGGUCUACACUCGAUACUUUCUUUAUCAAGUCAUGUCUUAUACAGAGCGAUGGGCAAGUUUGACGACAACGAGAGGAUAAUCCUCAACGUUGGGGGAACCAGGCACGAAACGUACAAGACAACCCUAAAGACCCUACCGGGGACACGGCUGGCCCUUCUCGCCUCCGAUUCUGACAUCGAGUCCGUUUUGGAUCAGCUGCAACAAGUCCCCGGCUUCAUCGAGUACAACGCGAGGACCAACGAAUACUUUUUCGACCGCCACCCUGGGGUUUUCGCCUAUGUGCUCAACUACUAUCGAACCGGGAAACUUCACUGCCCAGCAGAUGUCUGUGGUCCGUUGUUCGAGGAAGAGUUGUCAUUCUGGGGCAUCGAUGAGACGGACGUGGAGCCUUGCUGCUGGAUGUCAUAUCGGCAGCACAGGGACGCAGAGGAGGCGCUCGACGUGUUUGAGUUAAAUGUUGAUACUGGAGAUGACGAUGAAGAGAUAGGGAAAAGACUCGGAAUUGAGGACGUGGUCGCGGACGGUAAUAUCAGCCGCUGGAAAAAGUGGCAACCGGUGAUUUGGAAUCUAUUCGAGGAUCCCUAUUCUUCCAGAGCGGCAAGGUUCGUAGCCUUUGCCUCCUUGUUCUUCAUCCUGGUCUCCAUCACCACCUUCUGCCUGGAGACCCACGAGGCGUUCAACACCAUCGUCAACAAGACGGACCCCGUGCGCAACGAAAGCCUUCCAGACCCGGGCCCGCAGUACGAGAUUGAGACGGACCCCGCGCUCACCUACGUGGAGGGAGUGUGCGUCCUCUGGUUCACCAUCGAGUUCCUGGUCCGGGUGAUCUUCAGCCCGGACAAGCUGGAGUUCAUCAAGAGCGUGCUAAACAUCAUCGACUUUGUGGCCAUCUUGCCGUUCUACCUGGAGGUGGGGCUGAGCGGCCUGUCGUCCAAGGCUGCUAAAGACGUGCUGGGCUUCCUCCGGGUGGUCCGCUUCGUCCGGAUCCUGCGUAUCUUCAAGCUGACCCGUCACUUCGUGGGUCUCCGCGUGCUGGGCCACACGCUGCGCGCCAGCACCAACGAGUUCCUCCUCCUCAUCAUCUUCCUCGCCCUGGGCGUGCUCAUCUUCGCCACCAUGAUCUACUACGCCGAGCGCAUCGGCGCCAACCCCAACGACCCCACAGCCAGCGACCACACUAUGUUCAAGAACAUCCCCAUCGGGUUCUGGUGGGCGGUGGUCACCAUGACGACGCUGGGCUACGGCGACAUGUACCCGCAGACUUGGUCGGGCAUGCUGGUGGGCGCCCUGUGCGCCCUGGCGGGGGUGCUGACGAUAGCCAUGCCCGUGCCCGUCAUUGUGAAUAACUUUGGGAUGUACUACUCCCUGGCCAUGGCCAAGCAGAAGCUCCCCAAGAAGAGGAAGAAACACAUCCCCCAGGCUGUGCAGGGGGGCUCCCCCAUCUACUGCAAGGCCGACCUGGACACCCCCUGCCUGAACACCACCUGCAACAGCACGCAGGGCGACCUCUGCCACGUGAAGGGGAGCAGGGUCCCGGAGCGUCAUCGUUCAGUGCUCUCAGCAGACUGCAGUGGAGGAAGUGACCUCACCAUGUCCCCAGAGGAGCGUGUUCCCAUGCGCCGGUCCAGCACCCAGGAGCAGGACCAGAGGAGCGAGGGGACCUGCUUCCUGCUGGCCGCCAGGGACUACACCUGCCCUGCCGAUGGGGGGAUACGAAAGACAGAUAACUGCAAAGAGGUUGUCUUUACUGGUUUCACUCAAGCAGAGAACAGCAUUCUGUCUUAAUGACGGAGGGAUAAAGGCAUCUCCGCUAAGACUUUUCAUAUGUGAAUGACGGUGGGAUAGAGCAAUCAUCGGCAGUGGAUUAUGACUCGCUAUGGGUGUGGAUCCCCCAUUCAGACAAUGAAGCGUUACCGUGGACACGGCCCAAUGGAACACUCAGGCAGGGGAUGGAGGCCUGAUUGACAGCCUCAGGUCCACAAUCACUCUGAGAGGAAAUGUCCAAGACUUAGAGCAAAGAAAGUUCAGAGAAUCAUAGGAUUACAGUACUGGAAGAACUAUUCUGAUUCCACAGCGAACACUGUCUACUUCUUGACUUGAGGGGGAGAGGGAAACAAUUUAAAGUAAAAAAAUUAAUAAAAAUGAAAGGACAACUCCUAAAGCUAGCUACUGUAUAUGUAUAGACAUGUUGGAUUUGUAAAUAGGACACAGCACACCUGGGCCAAGAAGCUCCUCCCCUCACCUGUCCUUUGAUGGUGAGUCAGGUAACGAGGCAGUUGGCAGAGAAGAUCCACGAUCUGUCAUGUUAAUCACUCAACUUACCGUGGUGUUUCCCAUUGCAAUAAAUGUUUUAAGACGUAUCAGUUGAGGCACUUUGUGUUCUAAAAAUGGAGUGUAUUCAUAUAUGAACUAUUACAUAUAUACAGUGUAGAGAGACUAAUGUGCUAAGUUGAAUAAAUGUUCCAUACGGCCAUCAAUGCUUUGGUUUCCCUUGGUAGUUUUCAGUGGGUUCAUUGCUCUGGUGUGUGUUUUACAAAUGUGUGUAUUUUAGAAUACGGAACUAUAGACCUAUAACAAAUAAUUGUAGGGCAAGUAAAGUAAGACCUAGUUAUGAAAUAUUUACUUCCCUCAGAUAACCAGCUUGAAACAAUUAUAACACGUUGGAAAAAAUUAUAAAGAUUAUUCCAUUGAGAUAUGUUACCCUGGACUUAUGAACACCAUCGCCAACAAUUAGAAAAGAUUUGCAAUAAGAAUCUAAAUCCGAAUGCACCGAUUCACACUGUGAUUUUAGUAACUGAAAAUGAGGACACGUAUGUCUAUAAAAAGAAUUCAAAGCUAAGGAAUCAUCCCCUCAUUGUCUGAAUGAGGAUUGAUUUGUGACUCUACCAAUCGAAAGACUAGGACAGUCAACAGUCAUUGGCUUUGAAGUUUCCUUCCCUUAGCCCCAGUCCUACCUGUGUAGUACAGUACACUGCUGCUCUGACCUAACAAUGAGGUCACUACUCAUUAUGUAUUCUAUGACAAAGUUGUAAUUCUAAAGAUGUUUAUCCUUUGAAUUCAGAACAUGUAUUUUUGUGUCUCUUGUAGAGUACAUGUCUUGGUUACUUGUACAAGUCAUGGUAGUCCAAUGCUGUGCUUCUCCAUAUCCUCCACAACUGUCAAGGUUUAUUGAUCCAGGUUCAUGUUUUGUAUGUUUUAAAUGUGAGGACAAUUCUAGUUUGAAGUCUGUAUUCGUGGAGCCAUCUGUUGGCAUUCUGAAGUGCAUGCUAAAAAACCAUAAUGUCAAAUUGUAAAAAAGGACAACAUAUAUCACGUUGAAACAAUGUGGAUAGAGUAAACGUACAUGCUAUGUGAGAAGAUCACAUAAACAAAUUUAUCUUUUAA